UCGGUCAUCAGUGCGCGCCGCAACCAAAAUAUUCAAUGGUGUCGAUAGAAACGUAGAAAGAAGUAAGAGGAAGUGAGCUUUAUCUAACGUUUAUAGACCUAGAGAAAGCGUGAAUAAGAGAAAAGUCCUUGCUGAGAACGACAACGGACAGCAGGGGACCUACCACGCGAUCCAAAGCUGAAAUGGUCACAUGAAGAAGAAGACACAGGAAUAGACAAUACCAGAAUGUCCAUCCCUGCAUUGUUAUUUGAGCAGUGUGUGAAGUACAUCACGAGGCACAUAGGCUGGGUAGACACACUGCAGGGUGUCCCGGAUAUUAUUGGGGAGCGUCUGUGGAAGGGCUGUGUUGAGAAUGAUAGCUUCCUUCACAAUGAUGCUGACACUCAUCGUGGCCUCAUGCUGUUUGUUAAUGCCUAUGGGAUAGAAUUCAUGGAAUCCUUCAAAUGCAAAGACCCUUAUCUUCUGACCGAGUACUGUGAAUGUCUGACAGUCAUGUGUGUGACAGUGACUCAUUUAGACAUCAGUGGGUGUCAACUUGGCAAUAAUAAUGACUUUUUGCGAGCAAUUGUCAACAUGAAGGAUCUGAAAGUGCUCAACAUAUCGAGGAAUGAGUUGUCUGAUGGUGGCUUUCGACUGUUGCUUGCUCGGCACAGGAUGUUCCAGGAAGGCUUUCAACUGCUGCAGUAUUGUGAUGUGUCUCAGAACAUUGUAAGCUUAAAGACACUCAGUACUUUCUUACAAAUGCCAGAAUUAAGAAGUAUACGUGUUUCUAUUGCUUCAUCACUCAAGGUGAAGGUGCCAAGAUUUAUGCAGCAGUGGACAGCUAAUAUUAAAAAGUCUAAGUUUAAAAUCCUACCUUUGGAUCAAGUGAUUACUAGCAAUGUUGCUACUAAAGGACUGGGAGCUCAAGUCAUCAAUGUCUGGGAGAGAAAUGUUACUGAACAGCAAGCUGCAAGACUGAGAAAGGCCGAACAAAAGAGCAAAAGCUUUUAUGCACCCAUUCUCAAACAGUGUCAUAAUGAUCAUGUCUUCAAACCAGAAACUGACAGUGAGCAGUUUGACACAUAUUCAUAUACCCGUGAUAUUCUGGGUCAUUCUGUCGGUAGUUUGAGUAACUCUCUGGCAAAGCACAUGAAUAAAGGAGAAAGUGAUAUUAAGAGAAAAAGAGAUGUGUCUCAAGGAGGUGAUAAUGUGGUGUCAACAGCACCAAAAAAAAAGAAAGAAGUUGAUUCUGACAUGGACUUGUUGAAAUUAUACCAAUCGCAGCCUAGCAUUCCCCACAGCCAGUAAGCUAGUACUGUACUGUGGUGCCUCAGGAUGAGUUGCAGCUAAAAGUAGUGUUUGAUGGCGGGACGUGGGGACAACUGGUGACGGUGGGGAGGGAGAGUCCAGGGAGCCAUUGUUUACAACCAAGUGUGCAGACGUUCGACUACCAGUUUCCUGGUCUCAUUGCAUACAAGAUUUCAAAAGCUGCAGUUGAUCAGAUGACACGCUGCAUUGCUCUAGUCCUGGUGUGUGGUAAUAACUGAACUACUGAAAUGUGGAGGCCUUAAACCCAAAGCUUAUGCUGCUGUAGAGCUGCUGAGCACGAGAGUGAACCGACAGACGGCGAGAGGGAGCGGGGAGCCAGCCAGACCACUCCAGUCAGUUUGGGUGCGACCGUCGACGGGAGUGGUAGAGUCAGUUAAACGUGCAAGUCGGCAACACACCACAGACCCCUUUUGUUUAAUUUUGACGGACGGACGCUCGCAAACCUCUACAUAUACUAUGAUAAGCUAGGAUGAAGACACGCAGCAGUAACUAUACGUACAAAUGGCGGGGCCGCGGUGGGUAGAGACCGUCUUCAACAAGCGAGAGUGCAUUAAGUUCAUCCCAAGCAGCAAGGACAACGCCAGACCAGGAAGAAGUGUGUUGGAAUGUUGCUGUGGACAGCUGUGGCAGUAUCACCGCGAUGGGUCGCCAGCCACCCUGCGGCACGGAGAAGACCUUCAUUGGAGUCCCUCAAGACACACACAGCUCCUCCCCACAGACGCCUAUGGAAUUCUCGAGUUCCAAGGAGGCGCACAUCCCACCAAGGCUCAUUACAUCCGGCUGGCCCACGACACAAGGCCCGACAACACUCUGCAGCUCCUUACCAGGGAGUGGGGACUGGACCUCCCAAAGCUCUUGAUCACAGUUCAAGGUGGAAAAGCAAACUUUGACCUACAGCCCAAGCUGAAGAAGGUGAUCAGAAAGGGUCUGUUAAAGGCUGCCAAGACAACGGGAGCAUGGGUCUUCACUGCUGGCACAAACACAGGAGUCACCAGGCACGUGGGGGAGGCGCUGGUGACGGAGAGCUCGCUAAGAGUACGCAGCGGCCACCUGGUGAGCGUGGGUAUUGCUCCCUGGGGCAUCAUUGAGAGGCGGCAGGACCUGGUGGGCCGCAAUAAGGAUGUCCCCUACCACCCUAUUAAUUCACCAAAAUCAAAAUUUGUUGCUUUGAAUAAGCACCAUACCUUUUUCCUGUUGGUGGACAAUGGAACAGUAGGCAAGUAUGGACCAGAGCUCAUUCUGCGCAGAAAGCUUGAAAACUACAUUUCAAAGCAAAGAAUUAAAACAAGGGGUGGUUUGGCAACUCCUGUUGUGUGUGUGGUCAUAGAGGGUGGACCUCAGACCAUCCGGCAGGUGCUGGAAUAUGUCACUGACUCCCCACCUGUCCCUGUUAUCGUUUGCGACGGAACGGGAAGAGCAGCUGACAUAUUGGCAUUUGUACAUAAAUAUACUUACUCAGGACUGAGCAUGAUAGAAGGAAGCCGUGAGACUGUGAUCAUAACUCUUGGAAGAGUGUUUGAGCUGCGGCCUGUGCAGGCAGAGAAGCUGUACACUGAGGUGCUGCAGUGCAUGCGCAAGAGAGAUCUGAUAACUGUUUUCCGUCUAAAAGAAGGCUCUGAGCUGGACCAGAGCAUUCUGUCAGCUCUCCUCCAUGCCCAGCGACUCAACCCUCCAGAGCAGCUGUCUCUUGCCCUCACCUGGAACAGAGUGGACAUUGCAAGGUCACAUGUCUUCUGUGAGGAUGUGGAAUGGUCCAAAGGUUCUCUUGAGCAAGCCAUGAUGGAUGCAUUAGUAAAUGAUCGCAUUGAAUUUGUUAAGCUUCUCCUAGAGCAAGGAGUUAUCAUGAACAAGUUUUUAACUAUCCAGAGACUGGAAGAACUCUACAACUCAAAAAGUGGACCUUCUAACACACUGCGGUACAUUAUUCGUGAUGUGAAGAAGAAUAUUCCUCGUGACUAUCGCUAUACUCUCAUUGACAUUGGCUUCGUCAUCAACAAAUUGAUGGGUGGAGCUUAUAGAGCUUAUUAUACAAGGAAGAAGUUUCGCACCACAUAUGAAAACACAAUGCUCAGGUCCCCACGGCUGCACCGCAACAACAGCAGCAUCUUUCAGGCCAGCAAGAGUCUGCUGCAGAAGAACCCUAACACAUCCCCAAAGUCUUACAUCAGCCAAGAUGAUUUCUCCUUCAGAUUUGAAUUUGACUAUCCCUUCAGUGAACUUUUAGUGUGGGCAGUGUUGACUAAGAGGCAGGGCAUGGCAAUGCUGAUGUGGCAGCAUGGAGAGGAAGCAAUUGCCAAGGCUCUGGUGGCAGCAAAGUUGUACAAGGCUCUAGCACAUGAAGCAGCUGAUGAUGAUUUAGAGACAGAAGUUUAUGAAGAACUCAAGGGAUAUGCUAAAGAAUUUGAAACUCUAGCCUUGCAGGUGAUGGACUACUGCUACCGACAAGAUGAUGACCGGGCACAGCAACUCCUGACUUAUGAGCUGAAAAACUGGUCCAAGCAGACUUGUCUCUCACUGGCUGUGGCAGACAACCAUCGUGCUCUGCUGUCCCACACCUGCUGUCAGAUCCUUCUGGCAGACCUCUGGCUGGGUGGACUUAGAACCAGGAAGAACACCAACAUAAAGGUGAUGCUGAGCCUCCUGAUUCCCCCACUGGUCCUGCUGUUGGGCUUCAGGAGCCGCGAGGAGCUGAAGACAAUGCCUCAGACCCGUGAGGAACAUCAGUACGAUGACCCAGAGAGAUCCUCGGACUCUGAGAGUGACACAGACUCGGAUGAUGAAAAUAUGGACCUGAGGAAUGACCAUGACCCAGAGGCCCAACUGGUCAACUCUGUGUCGCUUCCCUCUCACCCCGUCACCCCAACCCUCCAGCCUGAGGCACCACUAUGCAACAGCAACAGUGCAGGGCCUAUCCCGAGCACCCUAGUUGUCCCACCUGUGCCUGAUGCUUCAAGUCAUGUUGAUGAGCACCAUUCAUCAGUGAGACAGAAUGGAGUGUCUGGUGGUCAUCUGUCAGUCCUGGACACAUCAGCUUUUCUCACUAUCCGCUCAAAGCAGCUCUCUGCAAGAAUAAAAUUUUAUGAGUUCUACAAUGCUCCAAUCACCAAAUUCUGGGCUCAUUCUAUAGCUUACGUUUUCUUCCUGUGUUUGUUCACUUAUGUUGUUCUGGUGAGGCUCCCCAAACAGCCACAGUGGAUGGAGUGGUAUGUUAUUGCAUAUAUUUCCACGCUCAUUCUGGAAAAAGUGCGGGAGAUACUGUCUACAGAACCAGUGGAAUUAAAACAAAAAAUAACCGUAUGGUCAGACAAGUUGUGGAAUGUGUGUGACUUGUUAUUUGGAGUGCUGUUUAUGAUCGGCAUGACACUGAGAUUACAAGAACAGAUGAUGCAAGCUGGCCGUGUUAUUUAUUGUGUUGAUAUCAUAUAUUGGUAUCUGAGAAUUCUGGAGAUCUUAUCAGCAAACAAAUAUCUUGGUCCACUGGUAAUGAUGAUGGGCAAGAUGAUCAAGAAUAUGGCUUACUUUGUGGUACUGCUGCUGGUUGUGCUAAUGGCCUUUGGAGUGUGUCGGCAAAGCAUCCUGUAUCCAAAUGAGGAGCCACACUGGCGACUUGCACGGCACAUCUUCUAUCAGCCCUAUUUUAUGUUGUAUGGUGAAGUGUUUGCUGGUGACAUUGAUCCGGACUGUGGCGGCGAGGGCCAGAUACCAUGCCACCCAGGCCGGUGGCUCACUCCAACUGUCAUGUCCAUGUACCUACUGGUGGCCAACAUCCUCCUCAUCAACCUCCUCAUUGCAGUGUUCAACAACAUCUUUCAGGAAGUCAAUGCAAUAUCCCACCAGGUGUGGAUGUUCCAAAGAUUUCAGGUUGUGAUGGAAUUUGAAGGCAAGCCAGUAUUCCCGCCACCUCUUAUAAUCCUGUCACACAUUCAUCGGGUCAUCAAGUAUGUCUUCAGGAGAUGGAAAGGAAAGCCACUCCUAUAUGAUAAUGGUCUCAAGUUGUUCCUCGAUGGAGAGUCUUUAGAACGUUUGCAUGAUUUUGAAGAGGAGUGCAUGGAUGGCUAUAACAGAGAGAAAGAUCAAAAGGAGCAAAUGAGCACAGAGGAACGUGUGCGCAUCAUGGCUGAGCGAACUGAAGGCUUGGCACAGAGAAUUGAAGAUAUGCAUGCAAAAUUUAUUGGAGCAAUGACAUCAGUGAAUAAUCUAGAUUUUCAUAUAAAGAGACUAGAGGAUACAAUGGAGCAAACCAAGAGUAGUUAUGCUGUUGUUCACCGAUUCAUGUUGAGUCAUGUAAAGCACAGGAGAUCUGCUUCACCUUGUUCAGGGUCAGGCAGCCCCAAGUCUGAUGAAGGCUGCACAUCACGUUCUGUAUCUCAGACAAGCCUACAUCAAAUGUUAGAGGAAACAGAGAAGCUCAUGAGCAGGAGACACACCCCUGAAGAAGAGACAAGUGAUAAAGAAGUUAGUGACACAACUGAUGCUGAACACGAAGCUGCCCAACUCAAACUCUCUCCCAAAUCAGGACAUUUUGAAGAACUUCUAACAUCCACUCAUUUGGGAAUGCUGGAAGGACUCAGUUUUGAAUCUGUGAAGGCUUCAGGUGCCAGGCAAGCCAAGCGGCAAAGUCGUCGCUCAAAACAGAGAUUAGACUCUGAGUCAGGAAGUUCUCAAGGUCGGGCAUCAAGGGAACGGAGAUCUUCUGGAGGUCGAAAAAGUAGCAUACGCAAGUCUUCCAAUGUGUCUGGAGAUUCAAAGCCAAUGUUCAGUCCUAAAGUUUGCUUUAUGGAUGACACUGAAGAAAUUCCUGGACAUCCUUCCCCUCCAAAGUAUGAAAGGUGUCACUCUAACCCCAAUCAGCCCAUCAUUCAAGUUAUUCCUCCAUCUUCCCCUCCCCAAAUCUUCACCUUUGCUAGUGAAUAUACAAGUCUGGCAGAUGAACUGGAGACUGUCUGCAGGCUGUCUCCUCCCUCAUCUCCACACCUACAUUUCCAAAGCAGAGGUCCUCCUCCUGUCCGCCGGCGGUUCUUAUCAGAAUCUGCUGGAAUUUCUAUCACUAUCAGCUCCAACCCAUUGCGGGAUGCUGAGGAAGCUGAUUACCAGCUGAUGGAAGGUUUGAUUCAGAGGAGAAUGCAUAGAGAUUCUGAAAACUUGGCAGUCUCUCUAGAGGACCUUUGUUCGGUGAAGACAGACUUCUCUGAUGGGGAAGAUGGAGUGUAUUCUCACCUUGGAAGAAGAGACUCAAGGGCAACAGAGCUUCGAAAGAGACAUAGUACAAGUAUCGACAACAACUUGCCUGAUAUGUUGUCUGUCCCAAGAUCCAUCCCACUGACAUCCUCCCGUAUCCUUUCCCCAACUGGUCGCAGAUCCUCUUUUGUGUGUAGUAGUGAAACUACUCGGCUGGCCAUUUCCCAGCCCAACAGCCCCAGCACCCGCCGGUCUUCCAUACAUGGGGAUAUGCGCACCCAAUGGGCUUCCUCCAGCGCCCUGCCACAACCUGAGGCAUGGCAAAGGGCAAGGCCAUCUCCCCGUCCACAUUCACCUCCAUGUGUGCUGCCUCAGGUGUUGCCUGUACCCAAGGUGCCAAGCACAACUGCCUCUAUUCAAUCUGACAGUCAGCCCUUCAUGGCCACCUUGCAGGUACCUGCUGUCACUGAAUUAGAGGGCAGACCUAAAGACUCUAUCACUGAAACAGAGUGUUAAUAUUUAAUCAAGAUACAUAUAUCAACCCAAGUCAUAGAAAUUAAACAUACUAUGAAUACUAGCUCAGUAUUUUGAAAGUAUAAAUGUCAGUCAAUUAAAAAGCUGUAGAGAGUAGCUUCUUUAAUUGCUUUUAGUAGAUUACAAUAACUUAAAGGUUUUAUCGCUUGGUUUUUAUAGUUUUUGUCUCAAAUUGUAGCAUUUUAUCAGUUGUUAAUUUAUUAGAAAUGAGCAAUAAUUACUUAAUUAACUUUAUUAAAGAAGCAAUAAGAGUGCAAUGUUGUAUGAGAGUAAUUUAAGCAUAUGUGGAACUAUAAUUUUUAUUAAUGAGUGAUAUUAAUCAGCAGUUCCAGUGGUAUCGGGACAAACAUAAGAUUUGAAAAGCUAUUUGCAAAUAAAGAAUGAUUAUAUUUUUUAUAAUUUC